UCUUCUUCUUCUUUUUCUUCUUCUUCUUCAUUGCUCUAUUAAAGGAUCUAGAAACCUUCUUCACAACAAAGAGAGAGAGGUCUCUCUCAAAACCAAGCUUUUUUAAAAAAAAAUUAUAUUUUCUUCUUACUCUGAAGAGAUGGAUCUUGAAGAUUGGGAACUACUCCCCAAAGAUCUUGACCAAGACGAGGAUCAUUAUGCAGAGGUGAUGAUCACUAGAAACACCAAGAAAAGCUUUGACAUGGAUUACUUCAUCUGCCCAACACAAGAUUCUGUCAGAUCAACCGUGGUCCCCACUCAGCUCCUCCAUGUUCCCAUAACUUGGGAACCCGUGUCAACCGUGGAAGACACAGACCACAAGAAGAACCAGGACUCUGUUCCGUCGCCGAGAUUAACCUUCAAAACAGACGAGGAAAACGAAUUUGUCGACAUGAGAAUAGACUUGCCAGAGAGGUUCACAAGUCCUUUGCCUCAGAACGAUGAGAAAGACUCUGUCUCAGGAGAAGAGUACGAUGAUGAGAUGGGAACAGAGGGUGAAAAUGAGAACAUAUGUGGUGAAAAAGUGAAUUUGUGGAAGAUGGGUCUUCAUGGGAUUGGAGCUAUAUGUUCAUUUGGUGUUGCUGCUGCUGCAGCCACCUUCUGUGUCUUCUUCCUUGGACACAACACUAGUAUCCAAGGUUGCCGGAACAAGAACAAGAACCAGAUCCUUAGGUUCCAGAUUUACUCUGAUGACAAUAAGCGAAUGAAUGAAGUGGUGAAGCAUGCAACAAAGCUAAACGAAGCAAUAUCUGUAAUGAAAGGACUUCCAGUGGCCAGAGCUCAGAUAUGUUAUGGAGGAUACUAUGAUGGACUUUGAUAAUCAUAUCCAUAUCCGUUUAGAAUAAUAAAAACAUCAGAUCCAAAUGUUUAGUAUUGUUUAAAUUUCCAACAAGCUAUAUGCUCUUAAGAAUUUAGGUAACUCAACAAAAGAUGUUUGUAAAUUCUACAUUAUUUGCCCGAAUGCGUCAAGUUAUUUGAUGAAGAGAACCUAAGAUUAUACAAGUAUUGAUUUGGUUAUAAAAAUCGAUCAUGCAUUAAAAAUGUUCCUGAUCUGAUGAAAGUGUGUGUGUUUUAUCUUUCCCAUGAUUGCCUCAUGAUUUGCUUGAAAAGAAUAGUAAAUAAAGAAGAAAUGCCUGAAAGUUACAAACGUUUUUGAUUGAUUUUGUUUCCAGAUUACAGACAAAAAUAUCAGAAUUACAAAAAAAAAAAAAAAAAAAAUCAGGGUAAGAAUUAGAACAAAACAGAGGUGUGUUACUUAUGAACUCCUCAUCUAACGUAUUAUGAACCUUCCGUUAACUUUCUGCACAAGGAAGAGACGAAAUUGUUGACCUAAAUCAUCUUCAAUGAGUUUUAUUCCCUCAUGUGCUUGAGAUUCCUCCACAGGUAUUUGCCGCUGGCCAUGUCCACGAACACCCAAAACCCUUUCUCCAUCUUCUGUUUAAAUCAAAAGAAAAAAAUUAAAAAAAGAAAACACAGAAAAUGAAAACCAGAAUUAACGAAAAAGCAAAGUACCUUUUUGAAACAGAGUCCUUGUUUAUCAUUCAAUUCUACAGGUGAGUCUUCGUCUGAGAUGAGUUCAGGGGAAGAAGAACUCACCGUCUUCCACGCGAAAUAUCCGGCGAGAACCGCAGAGAAGAACACCAACAAGAAUCUCAACGGACACAUAUUUUCCAAGAAGAAGAAAGGAAACUGGAUUUUGAUCACAAGAAAUGACGAAAAGUCUAGGGUUUCGUGAGAUUCUGGGAGAAAGAUAAGCGAAAGAAAGGGAGAGAUUUAAGGGGAUGAGAUUUACAUCAGGGCUCUUCCUCUCUCUCACCUCUUCACUGCGCAAAAAAGGAAACGCGUCUCUGAAUUUUUCAGCAUG